CUUGGAGGGAGCUUUGUGGCGCCGGUAGCGAGGCGUCACUUCCGGCACCCUCAGGGCUGCGCGGCCCGGGUGGGACCCCCGGCACCGGGCAGCGCCCGCGGCCCCGGUCCCGCGGCAUGGCCGUGUUCGACACCCCGCAGGCGGCGUUCGGGGCGCUGCGCCCCGUCUGCGUGCAGCUGACGCGGGCGCAGACGGUGGAGAACGUGGAGCAGCUGCAGGCGCACCUGGCCGGGGUGAGCGGCGCGGCCCUGCAGGAGCUGCAGGAGUACGUGCUGUUCCCGCUGCGCUUCGCCCUGCGGGUGCCGGGGCCCAAGCAGGAGCGGCUGGUGCAGAGCCUGGUGCAGUGCAUCUCCUCCGUGCUUGCGGCGACGUGCGUGAAGAAGCAGGAGCUGCUGCAGGAGCUCUUCUCUGAGCUCUGUACCUGCCUCGCUCCCCCUCCCAGCUCGGGCAAAGCUGCCCCGCUGUCCGAGGAGCUGAAGCUGGCUGUGAUCCAGGCACUCCACACCCUGAUGCAUUCGGCUUACGGGGAUAUUAUCUUGUCUCUGUACCAACCUUCCACCCUUCCGCUCUUAGGAUUUGCUGUGUCUUUGCUUCUGACUCUUGCAGAGCAAGAAAAAGCAAAGCAAAUCAAGAUCUCUGCUUUAGAGUGCUUGCAGGUCCUGGUUCUGCAGUGUGACUGCCAGGAGCACCAACGCCUGGAUGAAGACGAGGCACAGAAAUGUGGGGAUUUGUUUGCUUCUUUUCUGCCUGGGAUUUCCAUUACACUGUCUCGAGUUAUUGCUGGAGACAUCAAACAAGGUCACAAAACCACCGUUUCUGCCAUCAGACUCUUUUAUCUGAUUGUUGGCUUGGUAAUGGCUGACAAACAGCUAGCCAGAAUCCCAAAGAGUAAGGAAAAGCUGCCAGUGGAACACAGCAGAUUAUCAGAGCUAAUGAUCCACAGAGGACCUGACUGGACUAAAAGUACUGCUGAAAAACUCUCUCUUCUUUUGCAUAAGGUAGUUGAAUCUUCUUCAGUUCACCCCCACUGGAAAGUGAGACUGGAGCUGGUGGAGCUGGUCCACCACUUACUGACGAACUGCAAUCAGUCACUGGUGGACUCGUUCAGUCACCUCUUAAAGGCCUUGGUUGGGCUGGUUAAUGAUGAAAACAGCGAAGUCCAGAGCAGGUGUAACGAAGUUCUGCAAGGGAUUGGAGAGCAGAGGAUUGUGGCACAGAACAGGGCUCUUGCUGAUGUCCUCUCUGAGAACCUCCAUUCCCUUGCCACAGCCCUUCCCCGCUUGAUGAACUCUCAGGAUGACAUGGGCAAGGUUUCCACACUGAGCUUAUUGCUUGGCUACCUGAAGCUGCUGGGCUCCAAGGUUAAUAUUGUCCUCAACUCUGUGUCCCACCUGCAGCGCCUGUCCAAGGCACUGCUGCAGGUUCUGGAGCUGGACGUGACGGAUGUGAAGAUAGUGGAGGCCCGGCGCUCUGGGCCGCCGGGCCCUUUGCAGCAGGGUGUGCAGAAGAGCAGGUGCCAGAAGAAAUAUUUCCGCUUCUUCACGGAGGAGAAGGUUUUCCAGCUCCUUCAGCAAGUGUGUCGUGUUCUUGGCUACUAUGGGAACCUCUACUUGCUUGUGGAUCACUUCAUGGGGCUGUACAGCGAGUCCAGCCUGUACCGAAAGCAGGCAGCCAUGAUCCUCAACGAGCUGGUCACGGGAGCUGCUGGAGUGGGAGUGGAUUUCCUGCAGGAAAGGGAAGCUCCACUGAGCGUGGAUGAUCUCAAAGGGUCCAUAACAUCCAUUCUGGAUGAGUACAUGGACCAGGCGAACUGGUAUUUGGUCACUAGCAUUGACACAGAGGAAAGCAGCCCUGAGCAGUCAGUGCAGCACCUGGGACUCGCUGUGCGUGCGAGAGGGACAUCCAGCAGCGUUCUCCAUCUGUCCCCAGAGCCACCAGUCACAACACGCACCAUGAACAGCAACAUCUGGCAGAUCUGCAUCCAGCUGGAGGGCGUUGGCUGCUUUGCUGCUGUCCUUGGGAAGGAGUUCCGGCUGCUGCUGCUGUCAGCUCUCUACCCUGUGCUGGAAAAGGCUGGUGACAGGACUCUGCUCAUCAGCGAGACAGCACUGGGGACACUGGCAGACAUAUGUGAGGCCUGUGGUUACGACUCAGUGCGGAGUUUGAUUAAUGAGAACUCUGACUAUCUGGUGAACGGGAUUUCCCUGAAUUUGCGCCAGCUGGCGUAUCAGCCACGUGCGUCCCAGGUCCUGGACACAAUGCUGAGGCACUCAGAUGCCAACUUGCUGCCACUGGUAGAAGAUGUAAUCCAAGAUGUCCUGUCUACACUAGAUCAGACCUACAAUAGCCAGGCUUCCACUUUCCUCAGGGUCCUCCACUCAGUCAUGACUGCUCUAGUGCAGUGGUUUGGAAUGCCCAGCGCUCAGGAGCACCAGCAAAGGCAGACUGACAAAGGGCAGAGCAGGGCUCGGUCCCAGGGACAACAGGAGGUGACAAUGACAAGUCAAGAAGUGGAACGAUUCUUCCUUGACUAUGUCAGCCAGAAGCAGAUCGCAGAGGGGGAUCUUCCUGACCUGGAGGAGGAGGAGGCAGAUGAGGUUCCCCUUGCUAAGCCAGAGCCCAGCUGUGACACAGGAGAAGCUCCAAUGCCAAGCCAUGCUCAGCUGGCCAGGGAUGUGAUGGAGAGGUGCAUCCACUUGCUGUCUGAUGGGAACCUCCGAGUGCGGCUGAAGGUCCUGGACGUGCUGGAGCUCUGUGUAACCAUGCUGCAUCCUCAUGGAAACCAUCUGCUUCCCAUGGCUCACCGUGUCUGGCCAGCUCUCGUCACCCGGCUGAUUAGCGAUGACCCUCUGGCAGUGCUCAGAGCCUUCAAGGUGCUGUGUACCCUGGCUCAAACAUGUGGGGACUUCCUGAGGCAGAGGUUCUCCAAAGAUGUCCUGCCUAAGCUGACCAGUUCCCUCCUCAGCCAGGCCCCAGUGAGUGCCAGAGCUGGGCCUGUGUACAGCCACACGCUGGCCUUCAAGCUGCAGCUGGCUGUGCUGCAGGGCCUGGGCUCUCUCUGUGAGGAGCUGGAUAUGGGCGAGAGUGACCUGAAUAAAGUGGCAGAUGCCUGCCUGAUUUACCUCAGUGCCAAGCAACCUGUGAAACUGCAAGAAGCUGCCCAGAGUGUUUUCCUGCACCUGAUGCACGUGGACCCUGACAGCACCUGGCUGCUCCUGAGUGAGGUGUGCUGCCCCGAGGGGUACGAGCCCCCCCACGCCAGCCUGCGGCCGGUGAAGCUCAGCGGGAUGGGGCGGCCACGGAACGAGCUCACGGACAACGUGCUGCUCCUGCUCCAGAGGCUGCAGCAGCAGGAGGGCACGGCUCCCAGCAGCAGCACACAGGAGGCAUCUCCUUCCUGACAGACCUACACUGCAGCUGGGAUGGGAAACAGGAACCACCAGGAUAGAGCUCACCUGGGAAAACACCGUCACUCAGGACCCAAAUGGUUCAGGGGCAGAGAAAGGGCUGCCCAGGCUGGGGCCCUGGUUGAGACACUGUCCCUGUGGCAGAGGGUUUAUUUUCUUGAAGGAGUGUUUGAGAAUGAGGUGGGUACAUGACCCCGACUCCUCCUGACUUGUGCCUGGCCAGCACCCUAUGCAGAGAAAAAUGGCACAUAUCUUCCAAAUUCUUCAGUAUGAAGAGAGUCAUCUUCCAGAAAUUACUUCCUUGAUCCUUGCAGGGGUGCCCCUUUAGCACCCCCCCCACCUCUCUGAUCUCUUCACAACUGUGAUGAUCCCUCCCAUGCUCAGCUGGACAGUGACUGACAACCCAAAGCAAAAGCUUUUUCUGGCUUUUAACCUUCCCAGGAAGAGAAUCUUGUUUGGGAGUGCACUAUAAACCUGUUCUCUUUAAAAGCAGUUAAUCUCAGAAGUUAAAGUGCAUUUCCAAUAAAUUCCUCACCUCUCUGACUAUCAAGAACAGUGUGUCCUCUCAGAGGCAUCAGGGCUGCUCCUCACAGCUGCAGUUUGCUGAGACCAGAUGGAUGUGGCCAAACGUGCUCUGUUCUCUAUCUUGCUCUCUGUGAGGUUCUGUGGAGAAUCAGCCAGCCCCGAUUCACACCUGGGAGGGAUUUACAACUUCUCCCAUUCCCAGAUCACAGUUCUCAGGCCAUUUCUAACCCCUACCCCAAGGAGAGUUGGAUGAAGCACCUGCCUGUGCCCCAGUACAGCCUCUGUUUGUCCAUAGCAGUGCCAGCAAGCACCGUGGCACCCCAGCAGUGCCGUGGUUUGUCAAAGUAGGGACAGCAUGGUACAGUGAGCAGAGGAGGACUCCUCUUUGGGGUCAGCUCACUCUCCCCUGAUCUCUAGCUCCCACAUCCCCAGGCUCUUGCUGCAGAGAUUGUCCACAGGCACUGCUUUGCUCAGCUGCUCCCAGAUCCCUCAGCUUCACCCAAGCAGCUCCUGGCAGCAGGCUGCCUCCUGACACUUGGGGAAGAUCUAUGCAAGUGAAGCAAAAGAUCUUGACUAAAUUUGGAAGCAAGCUCAGAAAUACAAAACCCGAAGCAAUAAAUAGAUUGUUACAUGGA